AUGGGAGUGCAAACCAUGUCCAACGUCUUCACUUCAUCCCCAAAGUCGGUAUCUGGAACUGCAUCCCCCAUACCCCGGCUUCGAGGUGCCAGCGGAGGUGAUAGAGAAGUCUUACUUCAACCUCGUACCAAUGGCAUCAGACCUAGUGCUAGUUACGGCGGCGUCGCCGGUAUGAGUGUUGGAGGCACGACUGUGAAUGGACCGGGAAGCUUCAGUGCAAGUCUAAGGAGUGCGACUACCACUGUACCGACACCAAGUGGUCUUUCAGGAAUAGUCGAUACUCCGAGCUCAACGAGUCCAUUAACUUCGGAGAGAUUGGUCGAGGAGCUUACCGAUCAACUUAACAGAGCUAUCAAAUACAAGGAAGGAGCUGAAAAUCUGCUGCAAGUUCUGGAUUCAAAAAAGAUCAAAGAAGCAAAACAGGCACGAAACCAGGCAGAGAAGGAGUACAAUGCCAGAAAUCAAGAGAUUACACAACUCAAAACCCAGAUUGAGGCGAUAACAAAGCCAAAAGAUAUUCCACGGAGGCCACGAGAAGGAAACAAGUUCCAGGGGACGCCUAUAAGGCCGGACGAGGCAAAUGGGAUUUCUGUGUUAGGUACAUCGGAGUGGGAUCCCGGGAGUGAAUCGCCGACAAUAACGCUCGCGGAGCUAUUGGGGGAUUUGGAGGAGAAAGACAAAAAGCCGGAGUAUUAUGUGGACAAGGCUAAUAGCUUGGUCAUGCUGUUCAAACGGCAUCAAAAUCUCAAAUAUGAAUUGUCGUGGUCCACUUUCGGGCUUAGGGUUCAGUUCAUGCUUCUUCACGAGGCCAAAGAAGUAGUUGCGGCUGGUUACCGUAUAACGAGAUACGCUAUUACUGAUCUUCACUCGCUCAGAAGUAUCAGGAGCUUGCGAACAGACUAUAUUACUAUUGGCUCAUUAAUCAAAGAUUCGAGGGCCAAUGUGGAACGUGAACAAGCGUUAAAGUUUGUACGUGCAUUCAUAGAAGUCCCUGGGGGGGUCAAAGAAAUCUCUAGAGGGAUUGUUCGAGGCAUUGUUGCAUGUGCAGAACAAACUGAUGAUAGACUACGAGCAAUUUCUAUGGAAACCUUGGCAGAAAUUUUGAUCUUGGACCCAUCACUUGUUGUUGCUGCUGGGGGUGUUAGAAUACUUACCCAAGUUCUUUCGGAUGGGCCUUACGAACUUUCGGAUACGAUAUCAUUGGCGUUUUUGUAUUUAUUGGACAUGCCUUCUUCGAGAAAAUAUAUACGACCAGGGAACGAUAUAGAGGUUGUUUUUUCGGUGUUCACGGAUUGUCAUUCAGUAAAAGUUCCAGUUCCAGAAGAGAAAUUGAAGUCUAGCGCAAAAGUAAUCAGUUGCAUGCUCAAGUCAUGGCCAGGCCUCCUGGCAUUAACAAUGUACAAUCUACGUGCUCCAAGAUCUCUAGUUGAUGCGCUAUUCAUACCAUCUCCUAGCGACACAAUACUCGAGUUGUUUUUUGACAUCUUUAAGAUUAAACCUCCUUCGUGGUCCUCUAGUUUCCUCGCUGGUCGUCGGCUUACUACCUAUGGGAGGGUGGCCAAUCUCAAAUCGGAAGCGUCCACAAAGCCCGCAAGAUCAGAAGGAGAUAGCAAUCAUGGAAAUCUGGUUGAUCACUUCACAGCUCUGCUACUUGCAGUAUUCUUUGAAGCAGGUCUGCUAAAAGCUUUGAUGGCCUUAGUAGAGGAUAACAGUGAUCCAGCAAUAGUUCGAAAAACCACUCUUCUCCUUGGGGAAGUUUUAAAGUUAGCCAGCCGCCUACUUCCAAGCACUUACAGUGCACAUCAACAGCUUCUUCCCGAUCUCUUUCAGUCUGCGGCAAAAUUCGGCAUCGAUGGCCGGUUUGCUGCUUCUUCCGCUGUCUACCAAAUCGAUAGUCUUAACAGGACAUUGCAUCGCUCUUUGGCAACCCAGACCGCCCAACGCACCUCUCUCGAUGAAGAGAAAAGAGGUCAGAGACAGGUAGAACUAAAAUUGAAGAUAAAUAUGACAAUCGAUGAAAAGCACUUUUCACAACUAAUCGUCGAAAGCGGGGUUUUGAACACGAAAAGCUACAUUAAGUGGAAUUGGGAUUCCCUAAAUGAGAUGAUUCAAGGCCCAUUGCUCAAUCCAAAGAGACUUGAAGAGGCGAUUAAGGGAACUAAAUUCAUGAAGAGGUUAAUGUCUUUCUACCGACCGUUCAAGUACAAGUUCUCGGAUGUCAAAAACACAAAACCCAACCAGCGAAUGAUGGAACGCUGGCGCAUGUUCAAUAUGUUCUACCAUAUCAGCGAUUUACCUGAUAGACCAGACCUGAUGGAACUAUUUGUUUUAAAUAUGGAUUUUACUCUGGAGGGUCAUCCCCGAAUCAUUCUUGGGAAGGUUUUAACUGCGGGUCCAAAGACCGCGCGGCUAUUUGCCACUAACCAUCUCCGAAGUCUUAUUUCAACCACAUCUGCCGGGAAAACACCUUCACAAACCCAGCAAAGCAAUGAGACAGCAGAAUGGGCAAUAGGACUUCUCAUGACUCAGCUUUACGACCCUGAUGUCGAGGUUUGUGAAACUGCGGUAAAAAUUCUUGAAGAGGCUUGCAAUGCGACACAUAACCUAGAAUAUGUGGUUAAACGCCGGCCACAGCUCGAUCAUCUGGGUGAAAUCGGUGCACCGCUACUAUUGAGAUUUUUAUCGACAUCCGUGGGCUACCAUUACCUAAAUGAGCUUGAUUACAUCAACAGGGAAAUGGAUGAUUGGUUUCAUGGGCGUAAUGAUUCGUACGUUCUGACUGUUGAGGCGUCACUUGCGAGAGCUUUUGCCGAUGAAGAGCCUGUAAAGAAGCGCCCAGGUGAUAUCAAUGCGAUAGACCGAGACAUGAUGGGCAUAGUACCCCCGCAUUUCUACCGAGAACUAGCCAGAACAAGCGAAGGAUGUGUCCUGCUGAGAGAAAAGGGCCAUUUUGACCAAUUUGCGUGGUUUAUUCAAAAGCACGGCUUGGAGGAUGAUGACUUGGAGAUCGUCACUAAGGUCAAGGGUUGCCUAUGGGCCGUGGGAAAUAUUGGAUCAAUGCCCUUCGGAGCUCCGUUUUUGGAUGAAGCAAACAUCGUUGAAGCGAUUGUCAAGAUAGCAGAGCAAUCUCAGGUGCUAACUCUCAAAGGUACUGCAUUUUUUGUCUUGGGCUUAAUCUCAAAAACCAUGCAAGGCUUAGAAAUCCUUCUCGAACACGGGUGGGAUGGUACCACUUCUACUAUGGGGGAUUCUCUGGGGUUUUGCGUACCGUUGCAGCUUGGGCGCUUGUUCUCUCUCCGACCCUGGGUACAUACGGGUGACGAGACCAACGCAGUCAACCGGCCGUCACCACUGUCAUCUGUGAUUGGUGACGAUCCACUCGACGCAAAGAUACUCACGGCCAUCGCGAACCUGAACAACCACAUUAUGGAGGGCACAUCUACGAAGGAGUUGAACAGGCUGAAAGCGAAUCAUGUGUCCCACUUUCAGAGCUCUGAUCUGUAUCGCCGAGUCAUGACGUUACUAGAAUCGUAUCGGUAUCGACAGCAUGUCCGACGGUAUAUCAUUGACCUUUUUGACAAGUCUGUCGUGGAACAGAUAGUAAGGGAUGGAAGAGCAGAGCAGGAUUCUAUAGAAUCGCCGCAGACACCCGAAGACGUGCGGUAG